CGACGGCGCCCGCCCUCCCAUCUCUUCCGCUCCGCUGUCCGCGCCGCCCCUUCCGCCGCAGCUGGUGCCGUCGAACCCUGUGCAAACCCCUCCCCCCCCUCCCCUUUUACGGAUUCGAUGCGAUGACGAGGGGAGCGCCGAGGAAAGUCGGCAUCAGCGAGGAGGAUGUUUCCUUGCUCCUCCAAAGGUACAACCCAACAACAAUUCUUACUCUUCUCCAAGAGGUUUCUGAGGCUGCUGGUGUGAGAAUAGAUUGGAAUGCUCUUGUCAAGAGAACUGCAACUGGAAUUACCAGCGCUCGAGAGUACCAGAUGUUGUGGCGGCAUUUGGCCUACCAUCAUACAUUGUUGGAGACAAUAGAAGAUGGAGCUGAGCCAUUGGAUGAUGAGAGUGAUCUAGAAUUAGAAAUCGAAGCUGUUCCUGCUGUAAGUGGUGAAACCUUAUCUGAAGCUGCAGCAUGUGUCAAGGUUUUGAUCUCAUGUGGUGUGCCACGUGAACAAGGCCUAACAAGUCGCACAGCUAUAGAAACUCCUUUGGCUGUAAAUGGAUUCAACAACCAGGCAUUACGUGUCUCUUCAGACAAACAACAGCUCUCUCAAUCGAACUACGGGACUGACAUUACAGUUCCUGCUCUGCAGAAGCAGCCCCAGUCAACAGGAACAUCUGCUGAAGGAUUGGAUGGAAAUGGAAUGGCAGGUCCAAGCAUUGCUCCUAAAAAGAGAAGGAAACCAUGGACCAAAGAGGAGGAUAUGGAAUUAAUAGCUGGGGUGCAGAAGUUUGGGGAAGGGAAUUGGGCAAACAUUCUUAAAGGAGAUUUCAAGCACAACAGAACUGCUUCGCAGCUAUCUCAGAGAUGGGCCAUCAUUCGGAAGCGCGACACCAACUUACUUGCCAGUUCUGGAAACAAGUCAAUGAGCUCGACCCGAUCUGAGGAGAGGCUGGCAACACAAAAGGCAAUUUCGUUGGCUCUUGAUAUGCCCAAUUCUGGAAGAUUAUCAGCUAUACUAUCAGGUGGAACACAAUCAAUUACCCCAGCAAGUUCUUCUGCACUCUCCGCUGCGCUAUCUGAAGCAUUGCCAGUUUCGAGUCAACCACUUAAUCAACUUCAACAAGCUUCCACUCUGGCAACAUCUCAAAAGAUAACCUUGAACACUUCGAACAAACCUCGGACAACCCCGAAAAAGUCAAUGGUCCCUGUGAAGCCUUCUAGCGGUCCAAAUUCUUUGAUACAAGCUGCUGCAUUUGCUGCAGGGGGGCGCAUUGCUACACCUUCCACUGCUGCCUCUUUGUUCAAAGCUGCACAAUCUAAAAAUGCUGUUCAUAUCAGGCCUGGUGGAGGUGCUCGACCUUCUCCAAUUAACAAUGUCAAAACAUUGGCUGUUACCAACUCUACAGGCCCGCAAUCCACAGGUGUCCGCAUCAGCAGACCUUCUGUUAUGGCUGGACCACCUGCAGCAAAUCCAGUUUCAGUGUCAUCUGGCACAAGGUAUGGAUGUCAGCAAGUGCAAGGCUGCUCUGGAAGGGUUGGAAGCAAUCCUCUAAACACCACAUCAACAAAUCAGCAGGAAAUCAUAGAGUCCAAUUCAGGAGAAGUUUCACAUGAAAUGACUGAGCAAAAGGGUGAUAUUGAUAUCUCUUCCAUUGAUGUGGAUGAAUUAUUAGCUGAAGAGGUAAAAUGUGUUGAUGAGAUGGAAUUGGAUGGUACAAUGUCUCAUGAUGAUCAGAUGGAUCUUCUGAGUUUGGAUACAAACACAAAUGAGGACAAUGAUUUUAACAAUACCUAUGAUGCACAAGCAUCUGUGGACGAGCAGAUGGAUCCCCCAGAUUCAAUGGUUGCUGAGAAUAUUAUCAUGGAGAACAAUGUAGUUUCCUCUGAUGUUGAAGCAGCUGAGAGCAAAGCCCUCGAAGUUGAUGAUAAUGAUGACCAAUUUUUACUUGAGAAGGGGACUGCAUCAUUCAAUGGUGAGCAGAACAAGAUUUCACCUGUGGGAAACUUGAAUGCCCAGGACCAUAUUGUAAAUCAAGAACAGUUAAUCAGUGAGGAAGUUAUGGCUGACAACGUCAGGGAGAGCUGCACUAAUGAUCAGCAGCAUGCUCUUCCAGAGGACACUGCCUCAGGCAGUAAAAUCCCCAUCGACGAUGAUAGCAUCUCAACAAACGACAAGGAAGUUUAGGUAAAUCAGAGGUAACGAAGAUAAGGCUAAUACAAUGAGCACCAUAUGUCAGUGGUAAUGAGAGUCUAACAACUUUGGAUACAAGUACCAGUUACUAGAGCAAGUUCUUGCAAACGGUGAUUUUGCAGAAUCUUCGGCCAACAGCAUUGAAGGGUUGUCGUCUUAAAGGUCUACUGUUGAUCACUCAACACUGAAGGUUCAGUUUUCAGCUGCAUUUUGAAACUGGAAUGGGGGGGCCAGUUCAUUGAGCAACCUUUUCAGUCAUAAAAAAUAUGCUGUUGUAUCUGAGAAUCAGUUUGAAGAACUGCUUUAUUUCCCAGAAUUUGAUUGUUAGCUGGCAUUUACCAAGAAAGCAUGUAAAUCCCCAGUUCUACAGCUUAAGAACAAUGUUAUUUUCUGCUCUGACCUCCUAGUUCA